UUUAACUGUUGGAAACACAUUUUUAAAAUCGACCUUUGUAAAAAGUUCCGCUGGAUACUAGACACGGAUCAGCCCCUGUCUCAAUUCGCAUUGCCAUAGACAUUAUUAUGACUGAAAAUGAACAUAUUGCAUUGGAUGAGAAAAGCUGGCAUGAGUCAUCAACUGACGAGGCAUGUGAAAAACACAUUUAUUCACUAGUAAUUUAGGGGUGGAGCUAGGAAAUUGUCCACCAAGCAAUAUCAAUACGCAUGCUACCGUUGUGCAAACUGAACGCAUUAAGAGCAAUAGAGAAACACAAUUAAGGUGACAGAGAAGACCAUUGAAAGCAUGGUACAAAGCUGUGUCUUGCGCGUCGAGGACCGGCCGGUGUUUUGUGUUUAGUGUGCUUUACAUUGUCGGCCUCAAGUUUUAACUGUUAAAGGUGGCUUCUUGUUAUUGGCGUUUUCUUGUUGAAAAUAGUUUUAAAUCAGUUAAUUUCAUUAUGCACAGGUUUUUGUUAUUGUGUGCGACUAUCUGCGUGCUGUAUUUCUCUGAAAUAAAUCCUGUCCUUGGCAAAUCUCCCAAACAAGAGUUGAAGACAGUUGAGCAGCUAGAAAAUGCAAGUCUGUAUCAUUCCAGUUUAAACAGUACAAAUGACAAGACAACAGAAAAACCAGAAGAAACAGAAAAACUUUUGAAUAAUACAAAAUCAUCAACAGUGUCAAAGACAACGUCGACACCGUUACUAAAAACAAAUAGAACAACUUCAUCGACAACGUUGGUGACGACGACUACGACUAUUCCAACAACAUCGGUGUCAGUUUUCUUUACAAAAUUAAAGCCUAAAAAGAGAAAAAAGAUAACAAUUGCUGAAUUGGAACUCAAUCGACCGUAUAAGAAAAUCGACAAAUUUCUGGCCAAAAGUGAAUUCUAUAAACGAAAAUAUGAUAAAAAGUACAAAAUAAAAACGAAAACGAGAACUAAAACUGAAUACAUUAAAAAUAUCAGACGACCCAUCGUUGCAGACGUGGACAAAAACAGACCAAUUAUAAAAGACAGAGACGAGCUGGAAGACUGUCCGAAAUGUCGCCAACUGGAGAUGGCCAUGGUGCAGAUGCAGAUAAACAGACGCAGUUCUCUGAAACGGCAGCUGCUGCACAAGUUACGACUGGAGGACGCUCCAAAGCUGAGAGAACCGCCUGCAAAGCUUCCCAAGAAACUUCUUCAGAGAUUUUUCCAAGACGACGAAUCGGAGACUGAAGAGGAUAACUUCUACGCAAAAACAGUGGAGGCGUUUAUUGUGGGUUAUGAUGUAACUCGUACGUGUGCUCAUCGCAAGUCUACGGGGUGCUUCAAAUUUGACUACAAAAACAAGAUCGAGGGCAAAAUCACGUCAGCCGAACUCCUUGUGUACAAGUUCAGAGAUGGCAACGACGGGCAGCAGACAAUACUUGUGUCCGAGCUGGAAAAAUCGGGUCGACGCAAACUCCGACCACUGAACAUGGUGACGAGGAUAGAGACUGAUCUCAAGGAAGGCUGGAUGUCAUUUCCACUGGAGAAGACGGUCACUCGAUGGAUGGCCCAGCCAGACGUCUGGAGUGGAGCCUUGUCGAUAAAGUGCAAGAGCUGCGUUCAGACGAAACACAGGGACAUCUUCGGUUCCAAAGGCGUGUACAGACCCGUUCUUAUAAUCCGCGUGCAGCCAGUGUCGAAGAAGCGGCCAAAGAGGGGUCUGGAUUGCAGCGUGGGGACAGAUAUGUGUUGCAAGAAGGAUUACUAUAUCACCUUCCACGAUCUGGAGAUGUAUAGAAUUCUCCAACCUAGAGGAAUAUGGGCCAACUACUGCACAGGCUCUUGCAAUGUGGCAAUGCCUGGUUACUACAACCACACGCGCUUGAUUCAGGGAGUGCGCUGGCGAGACGACCACGUGGACGAAGAUCUCCGCGCCGCCCUCCAGCCGUGCUGUGGUCCCGUCGUGCUGAAGACUCUUUCAGUCCUGUACGUGGACGGGCAAGGCGACAUCAGGAGAAGUCACGUACCCAACCUUGCUAUCGAAGAAUGCGGCUGUUUAUGAAUACACACACACACCACCACCACCAUCCCCUAUCCCCGCAUUUUGUAACAGCGAGAACCUUGUAUUCACAUUUGUUUCAUUCGUUAUAUACACGUCGAUGCGUUUUUGCUAUUGUAGUUAAUUUUUGUUUUUAGUAUUUGGAUUAAAUGAAGCAAUCAAGACAUAGUAUGUUAAACAGAGCUAAAAAUGGGUAUAACAUAUACACGAUAUUACACCUAGUCAUAUGCAUAUCACGAUGCAAUAGGAUUACUUUUAGUUUUCCUUUUUAAAAUGGGUUUGUUCUACAAAAACAAACCUCAGUCAAGAACUGGGUCCGUGCUUAUAAAACGUUUAGAGUCUAGACUCAAUCUCGGGCAAAAGAAAACCGGCUCCGAGUACACAUUUGCAUUGCACCUUGAGGGAACUGGACAAAAGAAUACCGGCUAACUCUACCCAACCCCAAAAAUUCCUUGUUGCUGGCGGAGGCACCAAGGGCACAAGAACGGGAGAGGACAACAUACGGAUCAUUAGGCAGUUGACAGGAGACGGAACCUAAGGGAAAGAACCGGACUCGCCGACCUUACCUCCCAGUCAUACACAAUUGCAUUAUACAUGCACAAUUGCGUCGAGUCUCCCCUGGGUUGUCAUGCCACGAUCGGAAAAGAUCAGACCCUUUCUAAGGGUCCUACGGGCAACCUAGGGUGACAUCCGCUAGUCCUAAUUAACGAGCUACUCUCGGCCUACUAAAAUCCAAACCUAUACGUAGCUCCCUACCUUUUAUUCUUUAGAACGACCAUCAAAAUUGCGCCAAAUUUCCUUCAUCAAAAUACGCACACAUUUC